CAUCAACUUCAACCUGCGACUCGGUCGCAUUGGAUAUGCGCAUACAACUUAAAACUUGCAUCCUCUACUCGUCACGUCGCACUUGAUGUUGGCAAGGUCGACACGAUGGUGAAGGACGAAACCGGUAAGCGCAAGGCCAGUGACGAGCCAUCGUCACCGGUCGCCGCUAAGAGGGCCAAACAUGAUGACACCUCAGACCCAAUGAAGAAGCCCACGAUCGAACCCAUCCCUUUCCCGGAAAAGCCUGCCGUAGUCGAGGAACGAACCGGCGAAAUCGAGUUUCGCGUAGUGAACAACGAUAAUGAGCGCGAAUCUCUAAUCAUUCUGACCGGCCUCAAGUGCAUCUUCCAGAAGCAAUUGCCCAAGAUGCCUAAGGACUAUAUCGCCCGACUCGUUUACGACCGAACCCAUUUAUCGAUCGCUAUCGUCAAGAAACCCCUCGAAGUCGUUGGCGGAAUUACUUACCGGCCGUUUAAGGGACGCCAGUUUGCCGAAAUCGUGUUCUGUGCUAUUAGCAGUGACCAGCAGGUGAAGGGAUACGGCGCCCAUCUUAUGUCUCAUUUAAAGGACUAUGUCAAGGCGACUAGUGACGUGAUGCACUUUCUAACCUACGCUGAUAAUUAUGCUAUUGGCUAUUUUAAGAAGCAGGGUUUUACUAAGGAGAUCACAUUGCCUCGAUCAGUUUGGAUGGGUUAUAUCAAAGAUUACGAAGGUGGCACUAUAAUGCAGUGUUCCAUGCUUCCUCGCGUGAGAUACCUCGAGAUGGGUCGUAUGCUUCUGAAACAGAAGGAGUGUGUGCAGGCUAAGAUCCGCGCCUUCUCCAAAUCUCACGUUGUGCAUCAGCCACCUAAGCAGUGGAAAAACAGCGUGACACCUAUCGAUCCUCUGUCUAUCGAGGCAAUUCGUGCCUCGGGUUGGUCACCCGAUAUGGACGAGUUGGCUAGACAACCGCGACACGGUCCGAACUACAACCAGCUGCUCCAUCUACUCAACGAUCUGCAGAACCACCAGUCGGCAUGGCCGUUCCUUAACCCGGUUAAUAAGGACGAUGUGGCAGAUUACUACGACGUAAUCAAGGAGCCCAUGGACCUCAGCACCAUGGAAACCAAGCUCGAGGCCGACCAGUACGGCACACCUGAGGAGUUCAUCAAGGACGCGAAGCUCAUCUUCGAUAACUGCCGCAAGUACAACAAUGAGUCCACGCCGUAUGCGAAAUCUGCGAACAAACUGGAGAAAUUUAUGUGGACACAAAUCAAGUCUAUCCCUGAAUGGUCGCACCUUGAGCCUUAGGUCAGGAACACGAUGGAAUCAUUUGAGGGAGCGCAACGGGAAGUGCGACGUCGCUCACAGUACGAGAGCCGACAUUGCGCAGACUUGGGCGCCGGUGUCGACCCCGAGGACCUGAAGAUUGAAACUAUGGAGACAA